AUGGCAAGUACCACUUCGAUUGCUAGAUUAUUGACUGCUCUGUUCGUACCACGGCUCAUAGGGAGUUCUAUUGGUAUUUGGAGCAGAAAGAGCUUGGCAAGGCUCGAUGAUGGCCACUUGGGAAACACUGGUGUGAUCUCUCUAUUCGCUCUUCAGCAACACCAAUGCAUUCAGAAACUGAAGAAACCACUCCCUCUCUGGGACCAACAAGCAGGCAGUGCUACGGCAAGGCCUCCAGUGCCAGUAGGGAACAUUGAAGACAUGGUUGAUAGGAGACCAACACGCCAAGACGAGUUCAUGCGCCGGACCGUCGACAUCAUCAUCAUUAUCAUCAUCAUCGGCAUCACCAUCAUCUUCAUCAUCAUCAUCGACAGCCUGAGGAGCAACGAAGAUGAAGCUUUCGACAGACCUUUGAAGCCUCGAAAUCAUCCAUACUUCUACACAUCUAGUCGACUGAGCUCGGACUGA